GGAGCACUAGGCUAGCGGAGCAGACGACAGCAGAGCACCAUGACCUACCGGAUGUUUGAGGAGAAACACCAUGCCUCCAUCUACCAGAGGUACCGCUUUGUACCCCCAGAGGAGAUCAGAGACAUCAUCCUGCAUUACCUGGAAAGGAAGAAAGUCCAGCCUCAUGCCCUAGCUGUGGACCUGGGCUGUGGGACAGGGCAGAACUCACGCCUGAUGGCCCCACACUUCCAGGAAGUGGUGGGCAUUGACAUCAGCGAGUGCCAACUGGAGGAGGCCAGGGCAGUGGCAGGAUUCAACAACAUCACCUACAGGAAAGGGACAGCUGAGGAGCUGCCGUUUCCGGAUGCUUCUGUGGACCUACUGACUGCAGCCUCAGCGGUCCAUUGGUUUGACCAGCAGCGGUUCCUCUUGGAGGCAGGCCGGGUCCUGAAGCCUUGUGGCUGCAUGGCUCUGCUUGGCUUUGAUGAUAACUUCAGACUCCAUUACGGCUCAUGUGGGGACAGACUCACUGACAUCUGUGAUGAGUUCAAGAAGGUGCUGUUACCAUACACCAGCACACAGGUAACAGUGGCCAACAUCAAACUACAGGAGCUUUACACUGCUAUCCCCUUCCCUGACAAAGAGAGGGUUGAGUGUAUCCCACUGAAGCAGCAGAUCUCAGUGAGGAACAUAGUGGGCUUCAUGGAGUCCUUCUCCAUGUACCAGGCCUUCCAGAGGGCCGAGCCUGAUGCUGCCACCGCACUGCUGCAGAGAACACUUGACAGGUUUCUGAAGGAGAUGGGAGUCACAUCACCAGACACACUCAUGGAAGUGACGCUGGAGUAUUUCUGUGUCCUGGCGUCUAAACCGGAGUGAACACUCUUUACAGUGGGAAUGUGUUUGUGUGUAGACAGAUGUUUCUUAAGCUUGUAUCAAUCAUGUUUAAGGUGUUGAUAAGUAGUCUUCUGUUCACAUAAGAUGUCAUUGAAGUCCCUUUGGUUGUCUCUUUUAUGAAUUGUAAUGUAGAGCAAACUAUUAGCAUUAGUCACAUCAUUAUCAAAAUGGUUGCCACAUUUAGUAUCUUCCUUGCCUGAGAUUUACAAUAAAAUGUAUGCAGACACAA